AUUUUCAACUCACACGCCUGUCAGUCUCCUGUCAGACAUCACAGAAGCAAUAAAAUUUGUGCGUGUUUUUCUCCAAGGAAUCCACAAAAACCUCAACAGUGAAAAUGCAGGCUCACAGCAAAAAGCGUGUCUGCUACUACUAUGACAGUGAUAUAGGGAAUUAUUACUAUGGACAGGGGCAUCCUAUGAAACCCCAUCGCAUCCGCAUGACGCACAAUCUGCUCCUCAACUAUGGAUUGUACCGGAAAAUGGAGAUUUAUAGGCCACAUAAAGCCACAGCUGACGAGAUGACAAAAUUCCACUCGGAUGACUACAUCCGCUUCCUCAGAUCCAUUCGUCCCGACAACAUGUCGGAGUAUAAUAAACAGAUGCAACGUUUUAAUGUAGGCGAGGAUUGCCCAGUGUUUGAUGGUCUCUAUGAAUUCUGCCAGUUGUCAGCUGGAGGAUCUGUGGCUGCUGCUGUGAAGCUCAAUAAACAGGCAUCGGAGAUUUGUAUCAAUUGGGGUGGGGGUUUGCAUCAUGCUAAGAAAUCUGAAGCUUCUGGCUUUUGCUAUGUCAAUGACAUUGUCCUGGGCAUCUUGGAGUUGCUGAAGUACCAUCAGCGUGUGCUGUACAUUGAUAUUGAUGUUCACCAUGGAGAUGGCGUGGAGGAAGCAUUUUACACGACAGAUCGCGUGAUGACAGUGAGCUUCCACAAGUACGGUGAGUACUUUCCGGGAACGGGAGAUUUGAGGGACAUUGGAGCUGGCAAGGGGAAGUACUAUGCAGUGAAUAUUCCGCUGAGAGAUGGAAUGGACGAUGAGUCGUAUGAUUCGAUUUUUGUGCCCAUCAUAUCCAAAGUUAUGGAAACUUUUCAGCCAUCGGCUGUAGUGCUUCAGUGUGGAGCUGAUUCUCUCACUGGAGAUCGUCUGGGAUGCUUCAAUUUGACAGUGAAGGGUCAUGGGAAGUGCGUGGAAUUUGUAAAGAAUUACAAUUUGCCAUUUUUAAUGGUUGGCGGUGGUGGUUAUACCAUUCGGAAUGUGUCCAGGUGCUGGACGUAUGAGACUUCUGUGGCUCUGGGCAUUGAGAUAGCCAAUGAAUUGCCCUACAAUGACUACUUUGAGUAUUUUGGGCCAGACUUUAAGCUCCACAUUAGCCCGAGCAAUAUGACAAAUCAGAAUACAAGUGAAUACCUCGAGAAGAUAAAGAAUCGCCUUUUUGAAAAUCUAAGGAUGCUACCUCAUUCACCUGGUGUUCAAGUACAGACAAUUCCGGAGGACAGUGUCAAGGAUGAGUCUGAUGAUGAAGACAAGAUUGACAAGGAUGUUCGUGUGACGCAGAGUGACAAAGACAAAAAGAUUAAUCCGGACAAUGAAUUCUCGGAUUCGGAUACAGAAGGUCCGGCUGCAGAUGGUGGAAGGCGAGAUAAUAGGUCAUUCAAGGGGAAUCCUCGGAAGAAGCAACGAACGGAGAAAUUGCAGGAUGGACCUAAACCCGAAGUGGUAGAGGUGAAGGAUGAGAAAAAACCAGAAACUCCAGCUGCAGCUGAGUCAAAUCCACCCACCGAUGGAAAAGCCGAAGUUGUCUAGAAAAAGAAGAAAAUCCUCAACAAUUUCUCUUACAACAUUUUACAAUAAAAAUCUGGUAAGAUAAGAAAUUUAUCAUCAAUUUACCGUGAUGGUGCUCAAUAAUUGAUUCCAAAAGCUAAUUCGUACACUGAGAAAAAAAAGAGGGUGCGAUUAACAUUUUUUCCUCAUAACAUUAACACUUUUUAGGUGUAAAAAUAUAUCAACAUUUUUUAAUGUUAAUUUUACACCUUUUUAAGGGUAAAAUGGGUAAAAUUAACAUGAAAAAAGGAUAACUUUAACCCCUAAUACACCUAAAAAGGGUAUUAUUUACACCGAUUUCGGAUCAAUACUGCAGGGUAAAAUUAACAUUUCCGGAAUGUUAUUUUAACUUUUUCGGAUUUCUCUCAGUGUAUGUUCUCCAAAAGUUUCAGCAAAUUGCUUUUAGAUGUUGCCAACAAUUUGUAAAAGCGCGUUUUGGUAUCAAAUUUUGUGUGCCAUCACAAUAGGAUAGAAUUUUUGCAUUGCUCCAAUUAGAAGAGUUUAUUUUAUUUUAAGAAUGAUUUUUUUUACCACCAAAAUGAAGCAGAAAUAAGGAGAUCUCAAAUAUAUAAAAAAAAAAUUUCCUCCUAAAUAAUUUUGAAGAAUAAAAAAGAGAUUUAUUUUUAUCUUCUCAUUAGAAUUUCACAUCAGAAAUUCUGGCGCAAUUGUGUGCAAGUUUUGUUCUGAAGUGAGAAUAUUUUAUUUUACACCCAUUUGGGGUGAUGUAGGAAUAUAUUUUUUGAUUUAAAAAAAAAUACUAAUAAAAUUAUUUUUCCAUGAUGGUUUUAUCAUGAAUUUCUCAAUGAAUAAAAUCUCCAUUUCGACUUGAAAA